GAUUCAUCUCCUUUCGUUUCUUGUUCCAUCCCAGCCUUGCUAAUGAGUACCGUUAGGGUGCCGUUCCUGCUCGUGCCGAUGGAGAUUUGGCCAAAUCAGAGGUUCGCCUGACGUGUAUAUGGUGGAAGUGAGCAAUUGCGUUCACGAACCAGCAGCGCAACUUGAAUUCUGGCGGUCAUGACGUUUCGUUUUCUAAAUCAGACUUGGGAGAUGCCAGUUGAUUUCAGGCCGCGUAGAUGAUAGCUUAUCGCUCAAGUUCCUUUCUAGUCUUGCUAAUUGACGAUAACUUAUCAUUCAAUGGAGGAGAUUAACAGAAAUCAGACAGCGCCAAAACCUGCCGGCCAGCGUCAAUCAUCUCAUGCAGGCAGUAGAAAUCAGUUAAGACCUCAAUCGAAAGCGCGUAAGGGAAGGAAGAAGUCAUCUAGCGGUAGUCAGACGAAUUUGGAGCUACCGGUUACCAGCUACGGCGAAUCGGCUGUGGAUCUCGCUGACGCCUUCGCAAUCCAACCUCCUCCCCCUUUUCCGCCGCAACAACAGCAGCAACCAGAGCAGCAGCAGCAGCAGGUUCAGUCUCAGGAUCGAGGUCGGCGCACGCGAAGCGAGGUACACUUGCGGGAGUCAGAGAUACAGAGAACGAAACCGACUCGCUCCCGACCCAACAGCGGGGAAUUCCCGGUCGCUAGUAAUCCCGUGGAAGGGGAGGCGGAGGAGUCGGGGCAAAGUGGAGGCAAGGGCACGGGCGCACGGGGGAAGGGAGGGCGGAAGAAGAGCCAGAGAGCUGCGUCGGUUCAACUGCACGAGGCAGCGCAACCAGAUUGCUACCACUCGCAGCCGAAUGGUUACUCGCAACCGGAGAAUUACUUACAACCGGAUAGUUACUCACAACCGGACAGUUACUUACAGCCGAUUGGUUACUCAGAAACAGAUAGUUACGCCAAGAACGGUUACGACGGACGCCAGCAGGCGUCGCUGCUGCUGCCCCAACAGUGGCAGCAGCAGCCGCAGCGGCGGCCGGAGGUGAACGGGGAGUAUCCCUCACGAGAUGAGUGCGAGUGGGCGGAUCUAGAAGACAAUAAUUGCGAUAAUGAGGAAGACUCCGAUCAGCGUCUUAGCCAGCCCCCCGUCCCCUUCCCUCGCUCUCGAUCCGCUACCGCCGGCCCGCACCCGUUUAAACCGCUCAAGAAUCCUGCGUCCAGGCACGGCGCGCGCCAGCAAAGGAGGUCGUCUGAGAGCGUGGGGGGGCUCGACGCACGAGAGAUGGGGGGGAGUCUCGCAGCGGAGAGUGCUCCGCUGCUACCUCCCCCAGCGGCGCACAUGUUUCCGCGGAGCAAGUCGGAAGCGGGGAGGGGGCGUGAUGCGCGGAGAAGGGGGGGAGCAGUUGGCGCGGCAGCAGUCACCACUGUGUCGGCGGGUUGUGAGGCGGACUUCGUGCAGCGGGUGUCGGAGGGGACAGUGGCAGCAGGGGAGGGGCUUGUCCAGACGAGCGGGGUCGCACAGAGGGCGAGUGUGACGGGUGUGACGGGUGCUAAGGUGAGGAGGAGACAUACGAUCGACGGCAAUGCGAGCAGCAGCAGUGGGAGCAGUGGUGGCAGCGGCAGCACUGGAUGUUCAGUGGGAGGUGAGCGUAUGAUACACCCUCAACCGCAGCAGCACCAAUUGCUGCAGCCGCAACAGGAGCAGCCGCAGGAGCAGCAGACGAAGCCGCAGAAGCAGCAGAAGCAGUACAGGAGAAGGAAGUCAGGGCCGGAUGUGUCGGCUUCGGCUGAUGGUGGUGGCACACAUGCAGGAUUGACCGCAGGAGGGGAAGGCAUUGCGGGAGGGAGUUCUGGAGACUAUGCAGGAGGCAAUGGUGUGGAGGGGGGCUCAGCAGCAGUGUAUGCGUCGCUGCUGGCUCUGCAUCCGCCCCUGGUAUCCAAAUCCGGCAGACAGGUCGUCCGGUGCCAGUGGUGCGCUCAGAUGCUGGCAGUGCCGGCACAGCUGCAGCCGUCGCAGGAGGGCAGGCAGAAGCUGCGGUGUGGCAAGUGCAUGCGUGUGUCCAAAUACUCCGUUACUCUGCCUCCGGACGGCGCUGCUGGGCUGCCCCUCCUCAUCCCUGUGCAAAACGCGCAAGGGGGCACCGCAGCGCAGGUUCAGGCGCAGCUGCUAGAGCAGCAGCAGCAGCAGCUUGUAGAGCAACUGCAGCAGCAACUGCAGCAGCAACAGCAGCAGCAACACCAUCAGCUGCAGCAGCAGAUGGCAGUCCUGGCUUUACAGGGACAAGGGCAUGGGGAAGAAGAGGCGUUGGAAGAAGGGGUGAAUUUUGGGCAAGUCCACGAAGACGAACAAUGGCAGCAGCAGCAGCGGCAGUGGGAGGUGCAGCAGCAAGAGUUACAGCAGCAGCAGCAACAGCAGCAGCAGCGAGUGAUGGUUUCGUCUAGGCACAGUUCCUCCAUCUCGGGGGGCUCAGCUGAAGAGUGCAUCUCCGGUGGCUACCAGCAGCCUUCUGCCUUCUCACAAGCGUACCCGCAGCAGCAGUUGGAGCAUUUGCAGCCGCUGCAGCAGCAGGCGCAGCCGCAGGUGCCAAUGCCAGGGCAGGCAGUUGGCAUGGCCGAGCCUGAAUUCUCUGCUCCACGCGCUGCAGUUGCCAGUGCAGCCAUUGCAGCAGCGCCCAUUCCCAAGGGCUCAGCAGGCUACCACGGCAUGGCGCCGCAAGGCGUGCAGCCAACGCUGCAGCAAUGCUUCCCACAGGGAGGUCGUUUUCCAGGCGCCAUGCAUCAACCGCAGCAGCUUUCCCCGCAGCAGCAGUUUUUCCGGCCCAUGCAGGGGGGUGGAGGGGUGGGUCAGAUGGGCCAGGCUGGGCCUGUGGCGAUGCAGCAGUUGGGUCAAGCUGGUGGGACAGACCAGCAGCAGCCCCAGACACGUAUGGUGCACUCCCAGGCCCAUUUGCGGGCACACAUGCAGCAACCACAGCCACAGCCACAGCCACAGCCACAGCAGCAGCAACUACAACAGGUAAACGGGAUGCUGCAGCAGAUGAAUGACUUGACCCUAUCCAAUGCUCGUACCCAGCAAGUGUACCCUUUACAGCAUCCUUCCAUGCUGCAGUAUCGGCCACAGCAGCCACAACAGCAGCUGCUGCAGUUCCAGCUGCAGUACCAGCAGCAGCAGCAGCAGGUUCAGCCACAGUAUCAGCAGCAGCCAGGUAACGUACCACAGGCGUCCGCAUGCCUCGCAAACGAGUCUGGAAUGGGGGUAGUGCUGGGAGCUGCACCAGUGCACGGGUACAGUGGUGUGGCAUUCCAACAGCCCCAGUAUUUAUCUGUCAGACCUCAGCAUGGCGCUCUGCAACCUCUGCCGCAGCACCAUUCAAGCUUACAGCAGCAGGUUCAGCCACAGAUGCAGCAGCAGCAACAGCUGCUGCAACAGUGGCAGCAGCAGCAGCUGCAUCACCAACAGCAGCAGCAGUGGCAGUGGCAGGGAGGUGAGCAAGGCAGUCUGCCAGGAGUUAUCAGUCAGCAGGAUGUGCCGCAGCAACAACAGGCGAUGGCUGCUCACCACUCCGAGCCUCGCAGGCCAUCACAGGGAGGAGCAGACGAAGCCCAGCCUUCAGCCAAGCAGUUUCACGAGUCCAGUGGCUCUGGAUUAAGUAGCUCUGGCGUUUCACCUGCUGUCAGGUUGUCUUGUAGUAGCAGCGCUGGGACUCCUGCAGCUGCUGCAGCAUCAGGAGCGGGAACAGUCACAGCAGCAGCAGCAGCAGCAGCAGCAGCAGCAGAUGAGGAUGGAGAGGACGGGGUGCCAAGAACUGCAUCGGGGAAGCGAUUCCACCGGCAGGCUUCAGACAUGCUGGCAACGAGGCGCUUCACAGUGGGCCCUGGAGGCAAGCUGUCCGUCGUUCCCCCCUCUCGCGCUGCGCCACAAUCACAGGGAGCAGCAGCAGGAAGAGGAGGGGUGUUAGCAGAUGGAGGGGAUGGGGGGGGAGGGGAGGCGCCACUGAGGCGAACGGCAACGGAGAGGAAGGGAGUGAGUGCGAAGGGAGCAGAGGGGGGGGGAGCAGUGGUGCUGAUGCCACGGAGCAGGACCAUGAGUGCGGGUGGAGAGGCGCAGUUUAGGAGGAAGGUGGUUGUAAAUGGUGUCCCUUUGGCGGAUCAGAGGGUGUUUGUUGCCGAGCAGAGGAUCGGGAAAAUAGAGCCUGGAAAUUACUGGUAUGACAGCAGAGCUGGGUUUUGGGGCCCUGUUGGGGGUGCGUCCUUCGGCAUCAUUCCAGCUUUCAUGCGUGAACUAGGCAAUGCCCCCAUGUCUAUGGAUUGCUCGGGAGGCAAGAGCAAGAUUCUGGUAAAUGGGAGAGAGCUUCACCGCAAGGAUGUGAAGGCUCUUGCAGAGAGGGGUCUUCCUGAGACACUGGGAGGUCGGUAUACCCUGGACGCGGAUGGCACUCUGGUUAACGAGUUUGGAAGGGUGGCUGCUGCACUUGGGCCGUUGUAAGUAUGUAGCUCAUUUGGAGUAGCGAAGCAUCUCUCCACCGCCGAGAAGCUUAAUCUAUGCAAUUGUGCUUUGCUUUCGCGCCAGGUUGGAAGAUGACAAGAAGGACGGGCUAUUUAUGAAACAUGUGUCAGAGUCCAAGGCGAACAAAGGGAAGUAGUUGCCAACUGUUGUUGGUCAACACAAUGGCAUCUAUUCAUCCCUUUCUGUGAUGAAAAUGUAAAUAUGUAGUAAUAAUAUCGAAGUACACUCUUCGCGGAUCCACUCAUCGAAUAA